AUGUCUUCUAUGUUACCUUUUACCCCGCCUAUAGUGAAACGUCUAUUGGGCUGGAAAAAGAGUCAAUGUGAAGAUAAGUGGAGUGAAAGAGCUGUUAAAAGUCUUGUUAAAAAAUUAAAAAAGACGAAUGGCCUAGAAGAAUUAGAAAAAGCUGUUACAACCCAGGAUCCAAAUACCAAGUGCAUAGUUGUACCAAGCUUAAGACCAGAAAAAGGUGACUUAACGAACUGUAGAGGUCCAGUGGUUACUCAACGAAAAGGACUUCCUCAUGUGAUAUACUGUCGCUUAUGGAGGUGGCCUAAUUUACAUUCUCAUCAAGAAAUAGCACCUAUUGAAACCUGCAUUUACGGAUUCGGUCAUAAAAGAGACGAAGUUUGUGUCAACCCCUACCAUUAUAUAAAAGUUGAACACCCGAGCGUUGGAGUAGUUGUGAGCAGGGUGGAGGGUACCGUUGUAGAAAGCGGGCAGGGCCCUAGCCCUGGAGGCCCUGUCGAAACUUCAGGCUAUAUUUCUGAAGAUGCGGACAACAUGGACCAGAAUGACAGCCUGAGCCCAACGCCCGCCGUUGACACUCAACCUGUUAUGUAUUGUGAGCCGUUAUUCUGGUGCUCUAUUAGCUAUUACGAAUUGAACACCAGAGUCGGGGAGACGUUUCAUGCUUCCCAGCCUUCUAUAUCUGUAGAUGGGUUCACGGAUCCCAGUAAUUCUGAGCGCUUCUGUUUGGGUCUUCUAUCCAAUGUUAACCGUAACAGUGUUGUAGAACAAAUCCGACGGCAUAUUGGGAAAGGAGUGCGUCUGUAUUAUAUUGGUGGUGAAGUUUUUGCUGAAUGCUUAUCAGAUUCAGCAAUUUUUGUACAAAGUCCUAAUUGCAAUCAAAGGUACGGCUGGCACCCUGCUACAGUAUGUAAAAUACCCCCUGGAUGUAAUCUAAAAAUAUUCAACAACCAAGAAUUUGCUGCGUUGCUCUCACAGUCUGUUGGUCAAGGUUUUGAAGCAGUCUAUCAAUUGACACGUAUGUGCACUAUUCGGAUGUCUUUUGUCAAAGGCUGGGGAGCAGAAUACAGGAGACAGACGGUCACCUCGACCCCAUGCUGGAUCGAACUGCACUUGAACGGCCCCCUCCAGUGGCUGGAUCGCGUCCUCACUCAGAUGGGCACACCUCGCCUACCGUGCAGCUCAGUUUCAUAA